AUGGUACUUGACGACGGUAAUGCGGAAAAGGCGGCAGUGGAUGAUGAUGAAGUGGAUAGAAUUUACGAGGAGGUCGCUCCCAAGAAAAAGGGACGUGUGUUGGGGAUUGGUUCCGUCAACGAUGUUCCGAGAGCGACUUCCUCUUAUGGCCAGAGACGGGAUGAUGAAGUCUCUCAGCUGCGCGACGUGUUGGAGACGACACAACAUCAGCUGUCGUCGACACAAAACGAGUUGGCCUCGACAAAAUCGUCGUUCACAGCUCGUAUGACUGGUCUCGAGAACUUCUUGGACGUCAUAGCGGCCACAAAUCCGGAAUGGGAGGCCAUGUUCAGGACCAUGAGACAACAAAACCCCAUUCCAGGCGAGACAUCCGUGCAAGUCAACGAGGAAGAUCUCUCGAGAAGGAGCGAGGAAUUCUACGACGCGGCAAUGCAGCAUUAGUUUUUUUUUUUGUUAUUGUAUUUUAAAAUUCAAAACUUAUUUAUAUAUUAUAUAAUUUCAUUUUAA